AGUGUAUAGAGGUCAGGUGUAUUGUAGCUGUGCAGGUCAGUUGUAUUCCAGCUAGCCACAGGAUCACAGUAUAAUACAGAUCAGCUGGCCCUGUCUAGGAUACAAGCUCCGAAAAAAGACGACAUUACGAAGACGAUAAAAAGACAAAUAAAAACUAGCCAAAAUGUCUUACUAUAGGUAUAUCACAGGUAUUUACAAAUCCUACCUGCCCCAGUUAAAUAGAACCCUGCGUUCCUCAUCAACUCCUAGGCACGUUCCAGAACUAGAUACAGCCCGAUAUGCUCGAUCCAGCAGUGUUCCCCCAACCUCCUUCUACUCCAACUCCUUCCUAACUUCAGCCCAACCUUUUAGGGCUAGAGCUGCCUCUGUUCCCCCCGCCCCAGCCUAUACAUAUCAGAGGUGUAGUCCAUACUAUAAAUCUGAGAACUCCUACGCCUCCGAUCUAAGCUACUCCUCCUCCUCCUCCUCCUGCUCUACCAACUACUCCUACUCCAACUCAAAGCGCUACAAUGAUGACUCCCACUAUACUGACUAUGAUGGAAAAGUGAUAGAUUAUAUGGGAAAACUGAACAAAGAUGAUGCCCUCCGGUCAUAUGUUAAGCAAUCUAGGACUUCAAGGGCGUCCAGUGAUUACUACCGAGAUACAGAUCAUAGAGUUGGUUUCUCUUCUAAAUACAACUAUUACGAUGCAGGAAAGCAUGAUGCUGAUUAUCUGUACAAGAGUACUGGAGAUGUUCUAGGAUCCUGGAAGCAUUAUAAUCUAUCCGGACAAACCCUAAAUGAGAGAAACAACCGUGCAAAGAGCCCAUUGGUCACCAGGGAGCUAGAUAGGUACUAUGAGACCAAAAAGAGGAGCGAUUACAUCGGAGAUAUUAGUUCUGGUCCAGCCAAAGAUUUCAGAUUCUACUCCUACAGACGGGUUCCAUACUUCGGGGGAUCUGACGGAUACCAAUAUAUGAAACAAAAGCCUAGGAAAGCCUAACAAGACUUCCCCUGGUGGAGGAAACCGGAAUUAGGACGAAUGCACCUGAUAAAUGACGACUUAACGACGCGGCAACGGAUUAUUAAGCAUGGUCAAGUACCUUAUUGAUCUUGUGUUGUAUCUGUUCACAUCCUGUGGUACGAUAACACACAAAA